GGGGUUGCAAAGGGUAGGUCAAAUGGGGGCAUACAGAUCUCUAGGGGGGAGCCAGUUCUAGGGACGGAGGGACGGAGGGGAAGGGAAAGUUGUUGGAGGUAGUGAGAGAGCGGAAGAGCGGUCGUGGCGUCGCUGGGUUAUAUAGCGUCUAGAGCGUUCAUUUGUUUAUGGUUGUCAUUUUGGUCGUCGACAUCAGGCGAGAAUGUUGUACAACGCAGAGGCACAAAUCACCAGCACACAAUUUGUUGAAUUCCGAAGUUUGUGACGUCGUGUGUGUGCUGGGCGCGCGGCGCUUGUCGAUGAGACUGGCUGUAGUUAAGUGGUAUUCUCGACGUAACUGUAGGUAUCCGCGAACUUGCUCGGAUCGUGACUAGUUCAGCGUGUUCAUCUGUGAGAGUUGCAAGCAGUCUUGCUAAGGCCCCGCGCCUCGCUCGGGCGCACUGUGAAGGUUGGCCUGAAUGUCUAAUAGUUGGUUGCCUCGUGCUCGUUGGGCUCUUCCUUCAGCUCCAGUGGUCUCACUCUUUCGCGUACACUUACCGAAAGCGCUCGACCAGCUCGCUGCCCCUCUAUUCUCGGGAUUUAUAACCCUACGCAGCCUGCAGUUUAACGCCGUCUUGGUUAGUUGUUCCUUGUGGUAGGUCAUCCGGGCUGGUUGAUCCACUGAUCACUUGAACCAACACGUCUUUGUUUCCAGGCUUGUGGUGCUUCGAGGUCGUGUUCGCCAUCCCGCCGAAGGUGUCUGGUGAUAGGUGUACACUGUCUCUUGCAGUUCAUCCUAGUCAGGCUGCAGUGGUCUCCAAGUUUGUGUAGUAACGGAGUUCUCUUCACUGCUUCUGUUUAUCUCUCACAGUGCACAGGGUUCAAAGAAUAGACCAUUGACCUCUUCGCACUUAUAUAACUUAAUUGUAUCUUCAACUAGGAAAGAACCUCCCUCAAGAUACUCUCUGACUGGAGAAAACCAAGUGCUUGUUAACGAUGACGAGACUGUUGAAAUCAAACGAAGACGUUCGUAAAGGUGCGUGGGCUGCUGAGGAAGAUGAAAAACUUCGUAAAUAUGUGGAAACCUACGGGACUGGCCACUGGCGCAGCGUUGGAAAGAAAGCAGGUCUGCAACGAUGUGGGAAGAGCUGCCGUUUGCGCUGGACUAACUAUUUACGACCUGACAUCAGGCAUGGUAGUUUCACCCAAGAGGAAGAGAAUCUCAUCGUAAAGCUACAUGCAGCUCAUGGAAGCAGAUGGUCUCUCAUUGCUGCACAGAUGCCUGGUAGAACUGAUAAUGACAUCAAGAACCAUUGGAACACACGGUUGAAGAAGAAACUUUGCGAUUUGGGCAUCGAUCCGGUCACACACAAGCCAAUCGCGGAUUUACUCAGGGAUCUAGCUGGCACUAUAGCUAACUCUUCUGGGACAGGGAAUCAGUCUUCUCAGGUAGCGGAGGAAGCGGCGCGGAGGUGCUUUCGAGAUAAUCUGGUCAGCAAAGCUGUUCGAGAAUGCGGAAAAGCCAAACCCGCACUUGCGUCUCAGUACAUGCUUCACAAGUCUUUGAACGAUGUGCAUCGUCGCGAUGUCCAAGGCACAGAAGACCUCACCAUGUCGGAACUCCACGCCGGUGACAUAGUUCAGAAAAGUUCCAAUAACUCCGGUUCGCACAGCAUGGACGAGAGCAGCAGUACCGAGGAGGCUCUCUCAAGACGAUCAAACAGCCCGCCAGAUUCCAUCGACUUUGAGCAUUUAAACCAACACAGGUAUCAGGCUUCCACUGGGGAUCAUCACCAGAGCGAUAUUGAACAAAGGACAGCAGGCACUGUAGUUGAAAGUUCCUGCGGUCGUAUUGCCUACCUUUCCUUGGCUCAGAUGAACGAAGCGAACAUGUCUGGAUUCAUGGGUGCCCGCUCCAGUGCUCUCCCAUCAUUCCAAGAGGUGGACCAGGUUGGGUGCUCGUUGCCAGCGUCGUCACUACCGAAUGCUGGGUCAGAUCAGUUCGACUAUCGCAACACGGAUUUCGGAAAGGUAAUUAAUGUUUUCCGAUCAAACGCGCCCAUCUCUGAUUCACCAACAAGACCGGUGGUUCAACAAAGGGCCGAUGGCACGCGCUGGUCAGCUUCGAGGAGCGCACUUUCACAGGAUGCACAUUUACCGAUUUCUCCCAGUUGCGCCGCUUCGCAACUGCCGCUCAGCCGGUUCAGUUCCGAAGUGCACAAUCAGCUCGCUCAAAGCCACGCUGAAGUUUCCUACAUGCAGGGAUCAGAUUUGUCGAGACCCCAGUCAACAUCAGCGCCGAGUAAGUUGGAUGUGAGGAUCAAUCUCGGAUACAAUCAACAGAGACCUCUGCCAGAAAGUUUCGGCUACAGGAACUUCAGUGGGCCAUCCACAACGUCAUCGACUAGCACCCCUGGUUCUGUUCUGGACAUGACAACCCAGCAGACGUUGCCAGGGUACGGUGGACAGUACUCUAGCUCGAGCAGUGCUACCAACGCGAAUCAUACUAGUUUCAAUAGUCCCUUGGCUGGGACACCUACAGGAUUGCGUCUGCAUGAAUGCGAAGUGCCGAGUCCAAGGAUGGUGUUAUGGGAUUUUCAGGAGUAAGAUUUUUGGCCAAUGAUAGUAAUGACCUUAUAGAAGUUUGUCCGUGGCGAUCAGGCUUUCCCCAAACGUGAACUAUCUCGGGGAAGUUCAACGCUGCAGCAUUGGCAUGAGCACUUGUUCACCAAAAGGCUUCCAAUUAAACCACAAGUUGUUAGAUCAGGAGGCAUUUUACAUAUGUAAACGUUGGAGACUCCCAAACAUUCAUCAUUCCUCAUCACUCUCAGAUUCGGAUUGGAUAAUACACUGUGCUCUUCUACCAGUUGGCGUUAGGUUUUCUCCAGCCAGCUGGUCUGUCAGUUCUUUCGUUCAUAGAAUUUGAGAAAUACGAGAUAAACGAUCAUUUCUCUUGGUUUCUUGCUGCUGUGUAUCUAUAAUCGCGCAAGUCUCGAUUAGAGGGCUUCUCAUUACACAGUAACAUGUUCUCAGUGAAUGUCCAAAACGUUCCAGUUGAAUAGAAUGAGGGACUACGGCGAUAUAUUCA